AUGGACGAGGAGCAGAUCCAAGAAUUCAUGACGGUCACGGCAACGUCUCACGCCGUGGCCAAACGUAUGAUCGACAUGUGCGGCGAUUCCACCCAGGCCAUCAGCAUGUGGUAUUCAGACCUCGACCUUCAGAGAAAUAUCGAGCAAAGUUUGCAAACCCCUGCGUUGACCACAGCUUCGAACCGUCCCCGUCCUUCCCAAGGCAGAGAAGAUGCCCAAGGCGUCAUCCAUAUUGACGAUAGCGACGACGACAUGCAGGACCCGGGUUUCGACUCCGAUACCGACGAUGUUGCCGGCAUUGCCCGUGCGGCUCAAGAAGACGAAGAUGCUGCCUUGGCUAGGGAGUUGCAAGAGCAGUUCUACAAUCCUUCAGCGUCUGGGGCUGGGGGUGGCGGCGCAGGCCUCGACGACGAUGGCGUUAGGGCUCCCAUGGCACGUACAACUGAGGUGCUCGUGGCCCCUGGUGGCGGUUUUGACGACGACGAUCAUGAGUCGGUACUUGCUCAGAUUCGUGCUAGAAGGGAACACGGACAAGCUGCCGCUGCAGCCCGUAGGCGUGCUGGAGCCAACAACCCGUUCGCACAACCAUCAGCUUGGUCGGCGGGUGCUCCGGCAGCAGCCUCUAGACCAGCCGGUGCUGCGGUUAGUAGGGCAGAUCGCCUGGCUGAGCUCUUCAGGCCACCAUACGACAUCAUUUCCGACUUCUCUUGGGAGGAGGCCCGCGACGAAGGCAAGGAGGAGAAGAAGUGGCUGUUGGUCAACCUGCAAGACUCCUCAGACUUUCAAUGCCAGAUGCUCAACCGCGAUGUGUGGAAGGACCAAGCCAUUGUCUCCCUCAUCAAGGAGAACUUCAUUUUCCUGCAGUACGACAAGUUGGAUCCUUCUGCCGAGCGGUACAUCAACUUCUACUUUCCCAACCGGACCCAUGAGAACCCCAACAACUAUCCUCAUGUGUCGGUUGUCGACCCCCGCACUGGUGAACAGGUCAAGGUCUGGAGCGGCAUCCCAUUUCCAUCGCCCUCGGAGUUUCACGCUCAGCUUGUCGAGUUCCUUGAUAGGUACAGCCUCGCAGCCAACAGCAAAAACCCCGUUACCAAGGCCAAGAGGCCAGAGCGCGUUAUCGACUUCGAUCGAUUGACGGAGGAGCAGCAGCUUGAGCUCGCACUUCAGAACAGUCUGGCGGCUGCCACGGGUGGUUCGCCGCCAAACAUCGACGACCCCGAUGCGCUAACCCGUUCAACUGGCAACCUGGCUGCGGACGACAAGGGCAAGGGGAAGGCGGAGGAGCCACCAGCAGAACCUCCAAAGGUUGAGUCGGCUUUUGACAGAAUUCCAUCUAAUCAGCCACACUCGGAGCCAGCCGCCGAUCCCAAGACCACAACGCGCAUUCAAAUCAGGCACAGCAUUGGCCGCACUAUCAGGCGGUUCCGCCUCGACGAUACGGUGUCCAGAAUUUACGAAUGGAUCAAGGCUGAGCCACCCAUUCCAGGCAUGGAGGGGGUACCAUUUGAGCUCAAGACAUCGCCCAGUGGUGUGGACCUGAUCGACCUCCUGGAUCAAACUAUCAAGGAGGCUGGCCUCGCUAACGGAACGGUGAUGCUUGAAUUUGAGAGUUAG